AUGAAGACCGAAUGGGGUUUCCAUCAAUGGCUUUCCCUUGAAACAUUCAAUGAUGCCUCUAAUGGAUAUCUUGUCGAUGACUGCUAUGUUUUUGGAGCCAAGCUUUUUGUUAUCAAACCAACUGGAAAAUGGGAAUUAGUUUCUAUGGUUAAAAAAGCUGCUAAUGCUUCUUUAACAUGGAAGAUUGAAGAUUUCUCUGAAUUAGAUAAGAGCUUUUACUUCUCCAAAGCCUUUACUGUUGGAGAGAGAAUGUCAUUUUGGAUGACCUCCUCCGGUCAUACACUUGGUUUCCACAAGUUCAUGCCACUAGGAGAUCUCCAUGAAGUUUCAAAGGGCUAUAUUAUGAACGACACUUUAAUUGUUGAAGUUGAAAUUCUUACCUUGUCUGUCUCCAAGUAA